UUCUGCUUUUCAGUCGCGAUCGCGAAGUCGUAUUGACUACAUCACUUCUCUCGUGCCUAAGAACAAGGAGUUUAGUUUUUUUUAUUUAAAAGUAUUUCUUUUUUUAAUAAUUUUCAUCAAAAAGAAAUCUUCAAGUAGUCUUAUCCACAGAGCGAUAACUGUUGUGAUAAUAGACCAGGAUUAUCGUGAAAUUUGUAAUUUAUUAAGUACGUAAAAAUCUGUGAACACUGCCAGGAUUUUUUCUGCCUGAAAAACAGAAAGAUUUUCGCAAGAAAUCACGGAAAAAAGGAAUCGUAUGUCAAUUAAUAAGAGAGAAGAAGAAAGAAGCAAAAAGAUCUAAUUGCUAUCAAUUUGUUCUCUCGCAAAGACCAACUUUAUCACCAGCGUCUUUUUAUCAGGGCAGAAAACACCAAAGAAGUGUAAUACUUGCGGUUGCGGGCGUAUGUGAUAAGAUAUCGCGCGAAACAACAGAGAUUGGUGUGUCCAAAUGGUUUUAAGGUGAUUGCGAAAAAAACAUAAGAGAAAUUCUUCUGCCACACAAUUCUUUUUUCACUUCUGUGGAGCAUAUAAAAUUAGAUAGAAAAAAAAAUAGAAGAACAGUGUGUGGUGAAAUGAGAACUUAAAAAAUCUCUAUUUCCAGUGAUAAGCGGAGUCAAGAGUGCCUCCGAAUUGCCACAAAAAUCUUCUGUAGCCAAGCAAGAACUAACCAAGCAAAAUAGUGAGAGAGGGAACUAAAAGUGAUGUAGAAUCAAUAAUAUAGUUGAAGGAAAAAUUAUCCUGCCCAAGGCCAAAAUAUCCCUCCAAUAAUCUCUCCCUCUGCCGUGGACACCAAUUUUUAUUUUUAAAAAAAAAUUGAAUGAGAAACACUUCGAAUUUAGCUGAUAAGAGCAACAAAAGUGGUGAUACCUCUAAACUACAAGUAUUUCGACUCUUAACUUUUAAGCAAUGAAUGCAGAUUGUGUGGUGAAACAUUUACUACAAAAUCCAUUUAGGAUGCGACAUAUAUCUAUAAGUGGUGCCAGUCGCUUUGUUUUGACUGUAGCCUUGACGAUUGCAGCAAUUCACGCAGCACCUGUCUCUAAAACGUCUCAAGCAGAGAUUUAUUUGUCACAAUUUGGAUACCUGCCUGCCUCUGCCAGAAAUCCAUCAAGUGGUGGAUUGUUGGAUGAAGACACAUGGACGAAGGCAAUCCAAGACUUCCAAGGUUUCGCCGGACUCAAUGUCACAGGCGAAUUAGAUGCCGAGACGAUGGAGCUAAUGACAUUGCCAAGGUGUGGUGUUAAAGACAAAGUGGGAUUUGGCACGGACUCCAGGUCAAAGCGCUAUGCCCUCCAAGGUAGUCGAUGGAAAGUCAAAGCACUUACCUAUCGAAUUUCCAAGUAUCCGAAGCGACUCAACAAGCCAGAUGUCGACAAAGAAAUUGCAAAGGCUUUUUCAGUGUGGAGUGAAUAUACUGAUCUCACAUUUACACCAAAACGCACAAAUCCGGUGCACAUUGAAAUAAGAUUUGAAGAGAAUGAGCAUGGAGACGGGGAUCCUUUCGACGGUCCUGGCGGUACCUUGGCUCAUGCAUACUUCCCCGUAUACGGUGGCGACGCUCAUUUCGACGAUGCCGAAUAUUGGACAAUUGGCAGCACACGAGGAACGAAUCUAUUCCAAGUAGCAGCUCAUGAAUUUGGACAUUCCCUUGGUCUGAGUCAUUCCGAUGUCCGAUCCGCCCUUAUGGCUCCCUUCUAUAGAGGCUACGAUCCCCACUUCAGACUCGAUUCCGACGACGUACAGGGCAUUCAAGCUCUCUACGGACGCAAGACAUCCAACUCAGGCACUACAACACCCACACGAACAACACCGAGGACCUCAAUUCCACGAGUAAAUAACGAACUAUGCAAGGAUGCCAAAAUUGAUGCGAUCUUCAAUUCAGCUGAUGGUAUGACCUACGCCUUCAAGGGUAACAUGUACUACAGAUUGACAGAAAGUGCUGUGGCUGAGGGUUACCCUAAACCUAUCUCAGAGGGAUGGCCAGGACUGCCAGGAAACAUUGAUGCGGCGUUUACGUACAAGAACGGCAAAACGUACUUCUUCCAGGGCAGCAAAUACUGGCGAUACAAUGGACGAAACAUUGACGGAGACUACCCGAAACUCAUUAGUGAAGGAUUCACAGGCAUUCCCGAUAACAUCGAUGCAGCCCUUGUAUGGGGUGGUAACGGUAAGAUCUACUUCUACAAGGGCACACGCUUCUGGCGGUUCGAUCCUCUCAAGAGGCCACCAGUUAAGUCAACCUACCCCAAACCGAUCUCAAACUGGGAGGGCGUACCCAACAAUAUCGACGCUGCCCUACAAUACACAAACGGUUACACAUACUUCUUCAAAGACAACAAAUACUACAGGUUCAACGACAGAACGUUCUCGGUUGACGCGGCUGAUCCUCCCUUCCCACGACCAUUGGCCCACUGGUGGUUCGGCUGCAAGAAUGUCCCAGCGUCCUUCGGCUCAUUAGGUAAUGUUAUUGCGGAUCCUGAGCACAGUUACAGUUCCCAUGACGAUAUCGAUGGCGAUUUCCUUAUGGAUGCCGGAGGUGAGUGGAACCGACAAAAGCGCGAGGAGCACCUCAUGAUAGAAGUGCUCCGGCGGGAUGGUCUCGUCAGUGGAAAAGAAUUUUGCUCAAGAGACAAUUUGAAUUUUUUUUCUCAACUAAUCAUGUGCUCGAUUCUGGAAAAUUUUCACCUAUGUUCUUGUCAAAUUGGUUGUGUGGAUACUUUUAUUUAAAAAAAAAAUAUUCUUGUGUAUAUGAGAAAUAUCUCAUUCGUUUGCUCUCUGAAUCUCUCUUGAGUCUCGCAUAGUCUGUGUAGGUGUUGGGAAAUCUAAUCCUUUUGUAAAUUUUGAGUUUGCAAAUUGUUGACGAGAAUGUAAACUAAACAGAAUGACUGGAAUUUUUACUGUUAUGAUCCAGGUUGUGAUAUAAGAGACAUUUGUGGAUCAACGGGUGUCUAAUUUAAAUUUAAAUUGACGUUGAUAGUUUAAAGACUAACAUGACAUCUGUCAAAUGUAAAUGUUCUUGUCAAUAGUUUCUUUUUAUUUUGAUUUAUUGUAUUUUUGUUAUCUAAUGUUUUUCCUAUUAAUACUAAUAGAAGUAGAAUAUAAUAAACCAGCAGUAGAAUAUUUACUUGAUAUGUAUAAGGGAAAGUGCCCAUGCUUCGAACGAUCCCAAGCUUCGUACUGAUUAAAUUUUUUCUAUAUUUCUCAAUAAGUGUGACGCAUCGCGUUCAUAUUUUAAAAACCAGAGGAAAAUGCCCAAUUUUUAAAAUAUGUUGCAGAGUGACAUUUUAUUCAGAAACAUAAAAAAAAAUUAGGCAGUAAUAAGCUUGUGAUCCUACGAAACAUGGACACUGUCCCCUAUGUGAAUUCCAACCUUACACUGAUUUUCUAUUUUUAAGGACCUAAAGUAUAAUAAAUUUCCACUUUAAACAAAAAAUAAUACACUAUAAAUAACUAACAUUUAAAUAUUUAAUAUGCCAUUUAAGAUCCUUAAUAACUCUUCCUAACAACCUAUCAACUAAACAUCUGUCAAAGUGACAGUGUACAAAAAAAUUCAAAUUUAAAUCCGAAAGUCGACGAAUUCGUUGCAGAAUCAGUCGGUUUCACUAACCUUAGAAAACUUAAUAUUAAUUUUUAAUUUUCUAAUAACUUUCUUAAUUUUCCUGCACCAACUCACCUUCUUUUCUGACUAUUAAUUCUUUCUUGAAAUUUUGCACAAUGAUUUUGUUUUAAAUUUUUUUUGAUUCAACACUGAAUUUUUGAUCCUAACCAAAUGCACCACAAUGCACGUGAAAUGAUGUCCAAAUUUGCACUUUAUCCGAAAUAAUUGCACAAUUUUACACAUUAUUUGGAUUAUGAGCCUCUUGCAAAAAAAAAUCAAAUUGCAUGCAAGAAUCCUUGUCGUUUGAAUUAUAAGCAAGAAAAGCACGAUAUUGCCUGAAGCACAGUGUGUGAGAGAAUUAAUUUUCUAACCCAAGAAGUUUUAAAAUAUAAUUUACGAUAAGGAGUCCCAUUUGAUUUAUACAACACAUUACUUAGCAUGAAUCCAUU